UUGGGCGAACUUUUGUUUGCGCAAUCUUUGUUCAAGGUGCAAAGUUGGUUUAUUUGACCGCAUUCUUUUUUCUUUGUCGUUUCUUUCUUUUCUCGCAAUAUACAGCGAGCAGCGAGAUAAGACGACUGGAUGCAAAUCACUCUCGGGUUUCUCGACUACCAACCGAUCAAAUACUAACAAGGGAGAAGAAAGAAGAAGAAGAGGAAAAAAAAAAUGGGAGUCUUUUACGAAACGAUUCCGGAUAGCCUCGUGUCAUGGAUCCAUGAACAGCAAAUGUUCUGGGUGGGCACUGCACCGCUGGCAGGCAAUGGGCAUAUUAAUAUUUCGCCCAAGGGGGGGCAGGGACAGCAGUUUGGAGUGCUGGAUGAGCGCACGUUUUGGUACAUGGAUAUGACAGGCAGUGGUGUGGAGACGACUGCGCAUUUGCACGAGCCGGGAAAUGGGCGGAUUUGCGUAAUGUUCACAGCAUUCACGGGACCCCCCAAAAUCGUCCGAAUCUGGGGCACAGGACGGGCGCUGGAAAACGGAAGCGCAGAGUACGAGGGUUUUGUGCAAGACCGCAAGUUGUCAUCUGCCUUUAGCUCGCGUAGCAUCAUCGUCGUCGACGUGCACCAGUGCGGGACGUCGUGCGGCUUCUCCGUCCCGUACUACGACUUUGUGGGCCACCGGGAUAUCCUGGAGAAACACUUUGCGAACAAGCAGAAAAAGUACGAGGAAGGGAACACGGAAGAGUCAAUGGAUAGGUAUUGGGCGUGGAAGAGUCAGAAGAGCAUUGAUGGGCUGCCGGGCAUGAAGAGGGGGGUCGAGUUUGCGGAGAAGGAAGGGGUGGCGCCGCUGAAGAAGAUGGUGGGGAGGUAUGCGCCUGAGAACCAGGCGAGGGAGGGGGCGAGAGAGAAGCUGGAGCCGGUGCAUUUGCUGCUUGUGUUGUUGCUAGGGAUGGUGAUUGGGGGUGCGAUGGCGCUGAGUGUUGUUACGCCGGAGCGGUUGCAGGCGUUGAGGGCGAAGAGUAUGGUUGUGUGAGUGGGUGGAGAGGAGAAAGGGUUGGGUUGUGUGUGGGCGUUUGUAGCUAUGUUGCUGUGACGUAGCAGUUAUGUUAGUGUGGCGUUUCUUAUUGUUGAUGUGUCAGAAUGCGAGCCGUCUUUGAGGAGAA